GUUUUAUCACAACGUUCCGGCCCACUUCAACGAAUCACAAUAACACAAAUAAUGACUAAUUAUGAUGAUAACAUUGUUCGCAAAUACAAGUAUCUACCUAACCUAAUAAGCACACUGUACCGGUAAAAGCUAAAAAAGUGAAAUAUUACUCAAGACAGAAUUCCAUUACAGCAAAACUAAGAAGGGAAAAUGACUGCACCAACUGAGGUUAAAGUGAUAGAUUUUCGAAGCGAUACGUUUUCUUUGCCAACUGAUGGAAUGAGAAAAGCCAUACACGAUGCAAUUGUCGGUGACGAUGUGUUUUCAGAAGAUCCUACGGUUAAUGAGCUGGAAGCCAGAUGCGCCAAACUUAUUGGAAAAGAAGCUGCUUGUUAUGUACCUUCAGGCACCAUGGGCAAUUUAACGAGUAUUCUGGUUCAUUGCAAAGAACGUGGAUCAGAAAUAAUAGUAGGCGAUGCCAGUCAUAUUAAUCUAUGUGAGCAACGAGGAGUAUCACAAUUUGGAGGCAUCAGCGUUCGAGAAAUCAAGAACAAAGAAGAUGGAACUUUCGAUUUGAACGAAUUAGCUACUUACAUUCGAUCGAGAAACUCGCUACAUGAGCCAACAACCAAAUUAAUCGCUGUAGAGAGUACCCAUAAUUUUAUUGGAGGUAGAGCUGUACCUUUAGAAUGGAUCGAUAAAUUGUCUGCGUUUGCCAAAGAGAGAGAUCUCAAAUUACAUUUGGAUGGUGCCAGGAUAUUCAACGCAGCUCUAAAAUUGAACGUUCCAGUGUCCAGAAUUGCUAGAGAUUUCGACAGUUUGACUUUCUGUUUCAGUAAAGGAUUGGGAGCUCCGUAUGGAUCAAUAGUUUUAGGCACAGCUGAAUUUAUCAAACAAGUAAGAAAAGUGAAGAAAGGUCUAGGAGGUACCUCUAGGCAAAUUGGUUUUAUGGCAGCAGCGGGAAUGUAUACGUUAGAUCACAUGGAACAUUUAAAAUCUGAUCAUCAACAUACUCAAAUGAUUGCUCAAGCAAUUCGAGAAGUUGGUAACCCCUACAUUAUUGUACCAAAAUCUGAGGAUAUUCAUUCGAAUAUUCUGAUACUUAAACUGGAUACAAAAAAAAUAACUUCGGAGAAAUUGGCAGAGAGAUUAUCAACGUACUCUGAGACCGAUGAUCCAAGUUUGGUUACAAUCAAAACGUUACCAUUAGGAACCGAUGUGCUUAGAUUUGUUCUGUGUAUCAAUAAUACGACAAAUGAUGUUGAGCAAGCGAUUGUACGAAUCAAACACAUUGUAAAUGAAUUUAAAUAAUUAAUAAAUUGUUAAAUUUGUACGAAU